UGGAUCUCCGUUAGCACAGCUGUCGGGCUGCUGCCGACUGCGAGGGGAUUCUCUCAAUCAGAGACCGUGUGAAGGAGUGCCUGAGUACGCAGCAGACACCAGAGUUUUCAAGUAGCUACGCAUGAGUCUAUGUUCAACUGUUGAGGUUAUGGUGCCACACAUGGGUGAAGGUUUGACCAGAUUCGCUCUGGACUUGACUCAACACCCAUGAUCCCAAGCCAUCUCUGGCAUACCCUCUCAUUAAGAUGGGAAAUGCCUCUGAAACAUUUCUGUUCAUGUCCACAGUAUCAAAAGACAGUGACUUCAUCAUGGGUACUAUCUACACAAUUUUUGGUGUUUUGUCGGUGCUGGGUAAUGGGAUCCUGCUUUUCGUGGCCUAUAGAAAGAAGUCCACCCUGAAGCCGGCAGAGUUCUUUGUGGUUAACCUAGCAAUCAGUGACCUGGGCAUGACCAUAACCCUGUUCCCACUCGCUAUCGCCUCAUCUUACACUCACGUGUGGCUGUUUAAUCAGACAACCUGUACUUUCUAUGCCUUCUGUGGCGUUUUGUUUGGCCUGUGCAGUCUUUCCAACCUCACUGUGCUAUCCUGCGUCUGCUGGCUUAAGGUCUGCUGCCCAAACUAUGGUAACAGGUUCUCCUACUGCCACGCCUGCAUGCUGGUUGCUGGUGUCUGGUGCUACGCUGGAGUUUUUGCUGUAGGUCCCCUGUCAGGCUGGGGAGAGUAUGGGGCAGAGCCUUACGGGACAGCGUGCUGCAUCAACUGGCAUGCUCCCAGCCACAACUCCGCAGCUAUGAGCUACAUCGUCUGCCUCUUCUUCUUCUGCUACAUUGUGCCCUGCAUUGUAAUUUUUCUGUCCUACAUAUUCAUCCUGCUGACCGUCCGGGGCUCCCGCCAGGCUGUUCAGCAGCAUAUGUCACCGCAGAACAAGAUCACAAAUGCGCAUGCACUUAUCGUUAAGCUUUCUGUGGCAGUUUGCAUAGGUUUCCUGACAGCAUGGAGUCCAUAUGCCAUUGUGUCCAUGUGGGCAGGAUUUGGUAACCCAGAAGCUGUACCACCUAUGGCUUUUGCUUUGGCAGCUAUCUUUGCCAAGUCCUCCACCCUUUACAACCCUAUUGUCUAUCUGGUCUUCAAGCCCAACUUCCGCAAGUCCCUGUGUCGGGAUGUGGCCCAGUGCAGAAGGACACUCUGUGGAUGUCUGUGUCAGCACAACUCUACACAGAAGGGAACUUGCCGGCAAUCCCAUCAUGAAGAAGAGUGCGACUCCACAAGAUUGUCAAAUGGACUACCAGAGAACCACGGGACCUGCAGACACUGUCCUCACCGUGAAAGAGUCACUGGUACCAGAGAAAACAUUACAGACUACAGCCCCCAGCAGACUGCCAGGAUACUUAAAGGAUCGCAACAUAGUGAGGUGGCUGUCAGUCAGCUCUCCAAUGAGUUGCAGAGUGACUUCCUCUAGAGACACAAACACAGCCGCACAGGAAAAAAGAUAGCAAGAAUGAAGGUUGAAAGAUACUAAUUGCAAGUUGGGGAAAAAGGGAAAACAUAAUUUAAAAAAAGAUUAAGAUUAAUGGAAGUUAAAAAAAAAGAACUCUGAAGGUCAAAAUUAAAAAACUAUGAAUUCCUCAUGCCUCAAAUAUGUGACACUGCCAAACAAAUCAACAAAAAAACAUUUGAAGCCAACACAGGAGAAUAAACAACAACAUACAACCACAGAUGUGAUGAUCAAUAUUUCAUCAAGUCAAAUUAACACAUUAAGUCAAAUUAACACAACACUAGCUGGUCACUUUGACUGAUCAAUAAUAAGCAAACAAGACUGAAAUGCAAAUCAAUUCAAGGUGGAUUUAGUGAAAGGAGCAGAUUUUGAAACUUCUACCCACUAAACCAGGGGUUGGCUAAUAAGUUUGGCAUCGAGCAAGAUUUUUUUCAAGCCGUUACAUGGUGGGCCAGAACAUAGUCAAAUUAUUUCAAACCCUUAGACACUCAUGUGCACACUUAGCUUAGUUGGUAGAGCGCGGGUCUCUCGUUGGAAGAGUUGUAUGAUCGAUCCCAACAUCCUGUGGGUUAUUUUUUCUCCGCUGUUAAACAAAUUGAUUAUAAGGACACUUUUGCACAUGCUCACAAUAAAGCAUGUGCUGCAGUGUGUGUGGACUCUUA